AUGACUCAGACAAACAACAAUCCAGAGGUCACGGCCGAGACCAAAGCAAAUGCAGAGGCCUUGGUCCCCAGAUUCAAGCUCACUCGCGUGCUCAACCAAGACCAAGCCGGCCGUCGCAUCUCUCUCUACGGAUCCAUCGACGACAAACCCGCCCUCCUGAUACUCGAGCGCGCUCCCUUCCCCUCAUCAGAGGCCUACCUCACCGACGUUCCCGCCCUGCUCGCACGGGUGCAGAAUCUUGGCGCAAAUGACAUCUACCACUGGUACAUGGCGCGCAGUGGCACCGAGAAGAGCAAACCCGACGACGCCGACUUCUUUGCCGACCUCAAGAUCAACCUUAUCCACCCUUGCACCCAGACACACAUGGACAAGUACACCAAGCAAACGGUUCGAUUCGUGAACGAGACGCCAGAAAUCUACAGGGAUCAUGUCCGACCAUACAUGGAGAGGAAGCGGGGACAAGGGCGACUCAAUUGGGUAUUCAACAUUAUCGAAGGACGUAAGGAGGUCGAGGACGUUAUUUACAGGACCAAGCUGGGCGAGGCCGGCGACCUGGGCUUUCUCAUGCUGCCCGACCUGAACUGGGAUCGCAAGACGCUCGACGCGCUGCACCUGCUGGUACUGGUUGAGCGGCGGGAUAUCUGGUCGCUGCGGGACCUCCACAAGAAGCACAUUCCCUGGCUGAAGGAUAUGAAGGAAAGGCUCCUCGCCGCGACCGUGGCGACGUACCCGUCCAUCGAGUCCGACCAGCUCAAGAUGUACGUGCACUACCAGCCCACCUACUACCACUUUCACAUCCAUGUCGUUCACGUUGCGCUCGAGGCUGGGGCGACGCAGGCGACGGGCAAGGCGGUCGGGUUGGACAGCAUUAUAGAGACCCUCUCAGCCAUGGGGGGUGAUGACGAGAGGGGUAUGGACUCGAUCGCGAUGAGUUAUACAAUAGGAGAGGCGAGUGAGUUAUGGACCGACGUCCUCGGACCGCUCAAGACUGGCGACGGAGCUUCUCGAUCGCAAGGAUGAGGUCGUUAACGCCGGGACCG